AUGGAGACAGUGAUGGAAGUGGCGGCGGUUGUUCCUACUUCAACGGUGGUUGCGGCGACGAGGAAGAGGGAGAAACCGUAUAAAGGGAUAAGGAUGAGGAAGUGGGGGAAGUGGGUGGCGGAGAUAAGAGAGCCUAAUAAACGUUCAAGAAUCUGGCUCGGCUCUUACUCAACUCCCGAGGCGGCGGCGAGAGCUUACGACACGGCGGUGUUCUAUCUCCGGGGCCCGUCUGCUCGGCUCAACUACCCGGAGCUUUUAGCCGGCGUUACGGUGGCGGGAGGAAACGGUGGUGGGGAUAUGUCGGCGGCUUAUAUAAGGAGAAAAGCGGCUGAGGUUGGAGCGCAAGUUGAUGCGUUAGAAGCUGCGGGAGGCAAUCAUCAUAAUCAUCAUCAUCAUAAUCAUCAUCAGCAACAACAUCAACGUGGUAAUCAUGAUUACGUGGAUGAUGAUCAUAGUGAUUAUCGUUUUAAUGAUGGUCAUAACGAGUGUAGUAGUAAAGAAGGGUUUAAGAGGUGUAACGGGUCAUGGGAAGCGGUGGAUUUAAACAAAUUACCCGACCCGGAAACUUCAGAUGACGAUUAAAGAAAUGAAGAUUGUGUAUCCUACUUUGGUUCUUUCUUCAUCCACGAAAAAGAAAAAAUGUUGUAGAAAUUUAAGAUUUAGAGAAUGUUUGUCUUUAUGAUGCACGGGAGUUGCUAACGUGCACCUCCUCACCGGAAUUUGUGAUUUAUUAAUUUACUACUACUAGUGUAAUGAUAUUUUUCCCAUAAAUAGUUUUUCACGUACUCUUUUCUAAACUUCAAUCAUCCUACGCAAAGUUUGAAAUUGUUUGUUUGUGUUUAAACUCU